AUGGCAGACGACAAGUCUGGGAAGGGGGCGUACAUUAACAACCCAGAGUUCCCGUACAAAAACCUGAACAUUAAGAAGAUUGAACGGAUAAGGAAAAGCGUCAGUCUGGGGAGCAAGUUUCUCGUCCAUAAAAAUCCAAUUAACGAUGAGUCGCGAGGAAGAGAACACGUUCCCAAGCAGGGGAAUUCGCAAAAUUACGCAAAUAGCUUAAGCAAAAAAUUUAGUCAAUCGAAAAAUUUUAUAGAGAGAAAUAUUGAAAAAAUAUCUAGCUUAAGCAAAAAGAAUGACAUGUUCUUGAAGACCAAAAAGACAUGUAACAGGAGCCACGUGGUGGGUCAUGACAUAUACAAGGAUGCAAAGAGGGACAUAAAGGAGAAGGCCACUACGGUUUCCAGUGUCGGCCCGCUAAAAAAUAGGGCAACGGGGGACACUUCUCGGAACAGUGGUAAUGGCAAUCACAACGGCAAUAACCACGGCAAUAACAGCCUUUUAAGCAAAACCUCAGUGAACUAUCCGAAACAAAAAAUUACACUCGUCCAUGCAAAACACAAAAGGGCAGAGUGCGAUUCGGCCAGAAACAAGACGUCUUCUGCGUAUGGUCAUAACCACGGGGAGGAGGCUCCGAGAAUUGCGAGAAAGUUUCCGGUAAUUGGAGAGAGGGGGAAUAGACACCACGUGGUCACCAAUCUUGAGAGGCCCAGAAGCUUUUCCAGGCACGACGUCGACGGUGGCGGGGCGGCCUGCACUGCUAAGCUUGGCAGCUAUGCGGCGAGUCAUGCUUCUUCCAACCAUGCAGCUGCUAACCACAGCAACAGUAAUGCUCUUCUCAGAAGACAGAAAACAUUUCUGGGUGAAGACGCGGCAGGCCAAAAUCGCACGGAGAAAGCGCCCUCCACAAAAAUCGGUAGCAGAACCGCGGGUCAUGACAGAAGCGAAACGCAUUUGAGGAAAAAAGCACAGAUACGUAACGGAAUAAUAAAAAAGAACGAAUGGGUCGAUAUAACGAAUAACAUCACCAUCACCCAGGAGGAGAUAGCCAAAAAUAAGAAGCGACAAACCAAUGCACAAGUCACACUUUACCACGAAGAUAAGGAUAAGCAUGUCACAAAUGAAGGAAAGAAAAAAAUGGAAAAGAAAUUAAAAGAAAGCUCAAACGUAGUAUCACCUUAUGAGGAGCAUGAAAUGAAAAAUAAACGAAGCGAUUAUGUAAGGGAUAGGAAAAUAAAACGCGAGGGUACCUUAGAAAGUCACAGAAGUGGAGACAACGAGAUUGGACAGCUAGAAUAUGAUGGUUCUGGUGAAGGGGUGGAUAUAGAUUGUACGAACCAUCAACGGAAACUUAAACCGACAGAUGAGGGGGAGCAUAUGUACACGCAAUAUAAUCUCCCAAAUGGUUAUCAUUACGGUGGAGGUGGCGCUGAAAAGGAUGGUCGUGGAAGCACUGAGAUGUGCGAAUCGGGUGCGGGAGAUGAUGUAAAUGAGGAAAAGGAAGCAGUCGAUGAAGACAACGAAGAAGAGGUCGCCGUCGCAGAGGAAUCGCAAGGAAGUGGAGGAGACCGCGCCCUGCAGAAACAGGCCAACAAGAUAACUCCACCAAUCUGUAAUAACAAUGACGCAGAGACAGGAAAAAAAGAUUUUCCAGAAAAAUCGAUAAGCCUAAACGACAAUUCUUCCAUCGAUACGGUUACAAAUUACAGUCUGCAAAGUAAGAAAGACUAUCAAAGUUGGGGGGACAAAAUAAAGUUAAAAAAUGGAACAACUAAAAAACUGCGAAGCUUUGACUAUACGUCCCAAACGAUGCACAACGAAACGGGUAAAGCUUUUUCUUCUCGAUAUGCACAUUUGGACUCACUUGAAAAAAAAAAAAAUGAAGAAAGAGUUAGAGAUAAUAAAAAUGUAAACGAAUUUUUUGGAAAUGUUAGAAGCAGCAUUGGAGCGCUUGACGAAUUACUGUGGAGGCGGCUUGCGAACUUAAAAGGGAGAAGAGUCCCACCAAGUGGAAUGCGUGUGAUGAAUGGGGGGAAGGAAGAAGGUGCCUACAAUGGUACUACAACGAUUAGGGGAUCAAAUGAACGUCUCACCUCGCGUGAUAAUUAUUCAAUAGAUGAGUAUCGAGUCGACGGGGGAAAAUCCAUUCAGGAGCAUUCUUCUGCCAAAUAUAGGGAAGGACAAAGUGACGAAAUGGAGGAGCCCUCUGAGGAGCCAAAGGGGAUGGCGAUGACAUCCAUCAAGAGUGAAGAAAAUUACCUCAUUGAUCGAAAUCGUUAUAAUAAUAUCAAAACAGAGGGGCAGAAGGAAAUCGAGGAGAUUAAACAUAAGCAACAAGUGGACACGCAUUAUGACGAAAUUGAGCAGCAAAAGAUAGUUACCGAAAUGGAAAAGUUAGAUGAUAGAGCGUGCGAUGAGUACGCUAAAGAAAGUGACAGUGCACACUCAGAUAAAAAAUUAUCGGAUCCACCUUUAGUGCAAGACGCGCAGAUGCGCACAUGUGCCAACGGUUUGGAGAAUGUAAUCGAGGAACGAGAUUCUCCAAGGGAGGAAAGAAAUACACUAAAUGAGGAUACACUUAAAAAAGAGUUUGCCAAUUCAUAUGACUACGAGUUCUCCAGCUCGCGUAAAGCGAAUCAUAGCCUUUCUGGAAGUAACUUUUCUCCUCUGCACAAAAAUUAUUCGACCGAAGGGGAAAACCUAGACAAUGCAAACGAGGGCGAAGCACACAGUGACGAUGACGACUAUAAAUCCGUAACGGAGAAGAACUCGGCGAAGGACGAGAUGGAGGAGGGGGUACAAGUAGAAAACACGGACGAGAAGGAGGAGCAAAUGGGAGAAGAAAUGGAGGAGGAACUGAAAGAAGAAAUGAAGGAGGAAAUGAAAGAAGAAAUGGAAGAAGAAAUGGAAGAAAAGAACGAGGUAAAAGAGGAAGCAAAGGAAGAGGAAGAAGAAGAAGAAGAAGAGAAAGAAGAAAAAGAGGACGAAAAAGAAAAAGGGGAAAUACUGAAUGAUCUGCCAAAUGAUGACAAAAAUGCAGCCAAUGAUAAAAACCACGAUGGAAGCAUCCCCAAAGAACAGUCUUACGGAGAAGAAGGACACUCCAAGGAGCCUAACAGAGGCUAUUUUGACAAGAGCAUUAAUGAGGACUCAGUGGAGGAGGAACAUUUGUACGACGUCCCCGAAUGUGCGAAGAUUCCUAGUAGGGUCUUAUUAGCAGUAAAUGGGAAAGACGCACAAAGAGGUGUGCAAAAAAAUGCUCACGACGAUUCGGUGCAAUUUAAUAAGUUGGGUGGGGAGCCCUUCGCAGGAAGACGCGGAAUAGUCAGGGCUGAUGAAGGCACAGAUCAUCGUGGAGAUAAGCCAGAUGAGCAGGAUGAGGAUAAACACAAGUUCCUGUGUAGCUCCAACGACACUUACCAUGUAGAUGUAUUGAAGUUGUACAAUAAUAAGCUAUCCCACGAAGGGGGGAACAAAAAGAACAAUAAACUUAUAAACAAAAAUAUGAUUUUGAAGGAAAUAUUCGGCUCGAAUUAUGAGUCCAGCUUGAAAAAUGAUCUCAACGAGUCGAGUAAUGUGAUGGGAGGCGAGGAGGAACCGGCGGAGGACGACGGGGACGAAACGAGAAACGUCGCGGAAGAAGAAGUGGCGGAGGAAAACGCAGAAGGAGACCCAGAGGAAAAGGCGCAAAAUUACCUACACGAGGACAUAACCGAGAACGAGCCGUCGAAGAAAAACGAUGCAAUCAUAAGCCAUGGUAAUUACCACCAUUAUGUAAGCAACAAAUCGAUCGGAAGAGAUAUCCACGAGCCGUUCCAGUCUCAGUUUGAUAAAAGUAACAGCGUGGAGAAAGACUUGUUUGGAAGUGAGCUAGCCAACGACGAGGAUUCGUUGCUUAAAAGGUAUGAAGAGACUUCCUCUCCCCUGAUUUUAUCCAAGCCCUUGUUUAACGACAAAACAAGUGAAAGCAGUUAUAACACAAGUGUGUUAAUGGGGCGAGCAAAAAACGAAUCUCUGACAUUUAGGGACACCACCACAGGGGGAAAUAGCCAUAAGGAUAGAAACCGUAACGGUGAUGUCCUCUUAAAAAAGAAAGGGCUGAAAAAUUUAGAGGAAACGCCAAGUUACACAGAGGAAAAGCGAACGCAUACUGCUGAUGAGUUUUCGAGCGAAUAUAAGGGAGGCGGAUAUACAUCGGAGGCAGAGUCGGACCAGGUGGUGGUAGGCAAAGCACAGGACCCAGCGAUGCAUGCGCGUGAUGUUGUGACGCAGGGGUGGGGAGAAUAUUACGACGAUGGGGGAGACAGAUAUGGGGAAAGCAGCGAUGCAAAGAGGGUGGAACAAGUGGUUACCGAAAACGAAAUGGUCAAAAUUGAGGGGAUAGGCGAAAGCGCUGCUCGGGAGGAAGUUAACAACAGAGCACCGAAUGAAGAGAAAAGGGAACCAACGGAGGGACUCUUUGCAAAAAAGAGAAAGGGAAGCAAGCAGCCAUAUGACCAUUACAUUGAUCAGUAUGAACAGGGCUUCGAUGUGGUGAACCAGAAGGCAGGUGAAAGGAAGAGGAAAGAAAUAGACGAGGAAAUAGGGAAGUAUGAAACGAGGAAGGACAGUCAAGGUGGGCAGUACCGCAGUUAUAAGGAUUACGUAAAAGGGGAAGAAGUGGAAGGGAGAAAGCACAUCGGAGAAGAACCCAGGGCAGAGGACACGGGAGUACCAACAGAGGAGGAUAAUCCAAAGCAUCCUCACAAAACAGCAUGGACGCGAAAAGCGCAACGCACCAGUGACGGAGUAGCGAACACAGAGAAUGAGUUGACACAUGGACAUAAUGAAACCCAUGGCGAGAAAAAAAACAAUGCCAUUUGGAAAUACAGGGAUAAGAAGUUCCUAAUCUAUAGAGACAAAUUAUUUGAAGAAAAAGAAAGGGAAGAAAACCAAAGGAAGUCCCACAUGAAGGACGAACUGUUAGACACGCAUUAUGGCAAGAAGUGUGAUGUAAAUAAAGAGAGGGAAUAUUUAUUCGACUCUAUAAGCGAUAAUUAUAAUUAUGAUUACCUGAAGAAGGGAAGGAGUGGCAAGAGAAGCUCCCAGAUGAUGAAUUUGUAUGAAAGCAUUAAAAGCAGAAUGGAAGCUGGCGGAAACAAGGAAAGUGACAAUAGCAACUUGAAGAGCGCCAUAAGUGACGACUACUAUUUGGACUACAUAAAAAAUAGGAGAAAACAUAGCAACAAAUAUGAAGGCAAAAAAAGUGGAGUAGAUAACUAUAACAAGGCUCAGCAAAGCAGCAACGAAAACGAGUUCACGCUAAACAAAAGGAAAAGAAAGAAUAUAUUCCAAAGUGACAGCCUGAUAAAUGAUAGCAAAGAUGAACCAAAUUUUGAUCUGCCACGUAACAAUAAUGAAUUCCUGGAUAAUGUGAAGAAAAAAAUAAAAAAAAUUGACCAUAUAGAAUGUAGCCAUCUAUCCUAUGGGAACAGUGAAUGCUCCAAGGCAGCUGCGUUGUAUAGCAGCAUAAACGAAACAACAAAUAGUAGCCACACCAUCGUAUCGAAGAGGAGCAAAUAUAUUUUGAAACACUCGAAUGCUUCCUCUCUUUAUGAUGACGUCCCUUUGUUUUUUAACUUUGUUAACUGUAGUUCAAUCGUGCUAGGAUCCGAAAUUAUAUAUGUCACAGAUGAGACGUAUGGGAAGUGCGAAAAUAUUUUAAAAGACAAACCAUUCAACACGGCCAACAUGGAAAGGGGUUACUAUGAAAAUUGCUCCAAUGACCUCUAUAACGCGACGAAUAGUAAUUUGAGCAUUGGCAUAGGCCACCAGAGGGAGCGCUUAGACGACAUGGGUGAUAAAGGAAAGGUUGCCAAUUUGUUGGGCGAACCAGUGAACUGUUCUAGUGACGAGAGGAUUGGGGGGGGAAGCGGUUAUCUCAAAUUAUGCGAAGACUCAGGUAAAUGGGGGGAAUGCCCGGGGUGGCUCACCAAAAGAAGAAUAAAAAAAUAUUUCGAUUUCUGCAUAGUGAAACUGUGCAAACCGACCCUCAUCAAAGGAAUCGACAUUGACACGAAUAAUUUUUUGGGAAACUACGCUCCGUAUGUUUCUAUCGAAGGGGCGUACAUCGAAGACGAUAUGUUAAUGAGUGCGGAGUCGUUUGCGAAAUAUGUGGACCGACUUAAAUACAAGAAGAAGAAAAAAAACGAUUUCAUGUUUGAGAAGGACUUUUUUUCGCAUCACCCCUCUCGGGGGAGGAGCCGCGAAAGGGAGGGAGCACAAAACGAGAAUGGUGAAUGCAGCAAGACAGGUGAUGCCAGCAACAGGAAUAACGAUCGUAGCUCUGACGCAGAGAGGAAAGAUCUGUUCCUAUCGAGCCGGAACAGCAGCCGGGAAAACCGCUACUGGAGCAAUGACCGCAGACAUCUGGGCGACCACGUGCUCAACAAUAGGGAAGAAGUAGAAUUGGUGAUAGACGGGAAAACAUAUUUUAAAAGAAACAAAUAUUUUUAUGAACCCAUUUUGAUAGAUCCCCUUGACAAGUCGGACCAGGAGUAUGAAAAUUAUUUGGAAAUUCUAAGGUAUAAUGAUAAGUAUAAAAAAUUGAGGACUAACCCUAAGUCGACGUCUUUUGUGGCCAACGGAAAUGAGUAUCGCUACAUAGACAAUAAAUUGUACACGCUUGUGGAUGUAACGAGGGAGAUAUCUAGUAGGUAUCCAGGAAUCCACAAGGGGUGCUUGUUAAGGAGCUCCUCUUCCCCACUGGGCGCGGAGAGGAAUGGGGCUAACAGUGGCGAGGGGAGGGAUUAUUCCAUUGGUGACCGCUAUGGAGAUCAUUUCGUCGUAGUGGAGGGAGGUGGCCUUGGCGGAGCAGAGCGCCUUGAGAAGUACCGCACGGGGAGGGCAGCCAACGGGAAUCGGCACGAGAAUGGCGAAGAUGAUGAAGAUGGCAAGAAUGGUGAAUUUGGUAAGAAUGGCCAAAAUGGCGAAAAUAGCGAGAAUGACGAAAAUAGCCAGAAUAGCGAAGAGGAGGAGGAGCGGAGCACGUUCCUCGCGAACUCGUACAACUCAAACACGCUCUUUUUAGACAACGAUUACUCAAUAGAAAAGAAAAUCUAUAACGACCUGCACAAGCAGUAUCAAUGGGUAUCCAUCCUAGAGGACGAAAGGAUGAAUCCUGGAUUUAAAAACUACAAUCAUAACUGUUUCAACAUAAACACGUGUAACAAAAUAUUUACGCACCUGAUUGUGUGUUUGCUCCCCGACGGAGGAAUAAACAAGUUGCGAGUGUAUGGAGAGAUAAAGAUAAGUGAAAAGGUUCGAAAAAAAAGUUACAAAAAGACGAUUAACGUAUGUGAUAUUCUAGACGGAUCCCACGUCGUUUACACAACUGACGAGUUGUAUGGAAAAUCCGAAAACAUAUUGAUCGAUCAGAACUCGGAGUAUAUUAUGGGGUGGCAAACAAGAAGACUCAUCAAUAGGCCCCUACGUUACGUUGAAAAUUUGACGAUAAAUAACAUGUCCUCCAUAUUUUUUAACAACAACUAUUGCAUAAUUAAGUUGAGUUUUAUCACCAGCAUUAAGUAUAUAGAAAUUAAUACCAUAUUUUAUGAGUACAAUUUUCCCUUGUGUGUCUCUAUUGACUACUGCUAUAUGAAGGAAGUACACUCGGAGGAGAAGUCCAAGCAGAUUCAAUUUUUUGGUGAAAAUAUUGAGAACAUUCAAUGGAAGGAGCUUCUCCCCCUGUCCUACAUUAAGGGGAACCAUAUCAACUUCUUCACGGUGAAUGGCAGCAGCUCUGACGUGGCAACUUUGCCCGACAUGGUGUCCUCACACCUCCGUCUGAACAUAUACCCCGACGGGGGUAUAAACACGAUCAAAGCGUACGGCACGGUGGUGGAGGUGUAG